CUUGACCUCCGCCUGCCUGUGUCUGUCUCCGUAACAUGGUUAAGAUAAUCGUGUGGAAGAGGUACAGUGACUUUAAGAAACUACACAAAGAAUUGUGGCAGAUUCACAAGAACUUGUUCCGCCACUCGGAAUUGUUUCCUCCAUUUGCAAAAGGAAAAGUAUUUGGGCGAUUCGAUGACGGCGUCAUUGAAGAGAGAAGACAGUGCGCCGAAGACCUGCUGCAGUUCUCCGCCAACAUUCCUGCUCUGUACAGCAGCAGACAGCUCGAGGCGUUUUUCAAGGGCGGCGUGGUCCAGGACGGCUCUGAGCUGAUUGGGCCGGCCCAGGCGCGCUCGGGCCCCCUCCCCGACAGCCUUGCCGAGCGUGGCACAGAAGGGUUUUCCAGCGACAGCGACCUGCUCUCCCUCACCCUUGACGCGGACUCUCUCGCCGAGGCAGACGAUGGAAUGGCUUCCGCUCAGAGCUCCCCGGCCAGGGCCCGCGGCCUCCAUCUCCCUCCGGACGCGUCAGCGCCGGGGCCCGCUGCGCGUGCCGGCGACCGGAGCGGCUCGGAGGAGGGGCUGGAGAGCCGCAGCCGCUUCCGCGGCAGCCUCAAGGCCAGGCUGGGCAAGCGGGACUACCUGGAGAAGGCGGGGGAGUGGAUCAAGCUGGCCUUGCAGAAGGAGGAGGCCGAGGACUACGGGGCGGCGUCUGCUUUCUACAGGAGAGGGGUCGACCUGCUCCUCGAGGGCGUUCAAGUGCCGGGCGUGCGCUCGCCGCUCAGGACGCCUGGGCCCCCACCCCGGGCCCGGGCUUGCCGCUCUGCCGGGGAUGCGGGCCUGCUGGGGCUGACCGUCCAGGCAGAGCUGGCCUCCCGGAAGCUCGGUUUGGCCUUCGGCGGCGCCUUUCGCUUAGACAAGCAGAGUGACGCCGCGGCUCGUGCCGCCCGGCACUGCGACCCCAGGCCGGUCGGGCUCGCCCAGCUUCUUCCUUCCAGGAAGACCAGCGCCGCUGUUGCCCGGGGGCUUGGCGCGAGUGUCCCUGUGGGCAGCGCCCGGAGCGGCCACCCGCACCCCAUGGUGUGGAGGGUGGAGGUAACGGCUGCGGAGCGAGGCCGUGUGGCAGCUAACUGGGCUCCGUGGGGCGGGGAUUUGCGCCCCCAGGGCCACCCGCCAGGCUUCGGGGAGAAGGCCGAACCCCGGGAGCGGGGAGGGGGCCUCUGCCCCGCCCGCUCCCGGCCCAGCCUCUCCGUCCUUGCGGGAUCUCACCACGCGCUCGUGGCGGCCAGUGGCGUUUCCGGAGGGACCGCCGGCCAGUGCGUGCCGGGUCCACUCCCGGGCAUCGCAUUUGCACCGGGGCUACCUGGUGGUGACCGGUCGCGUCGGAAGCUGUUACCGUGGCUUCAGGUCAUUGAUUCGAGCGUCCAGGCGCCGUUCGAUUUUGCCAUCUGGUUGCGGUUUUAUGAUUUUGGCCGGAGACGAGGUGGCAAGCGGGAGCAUGCGGCCCGGCCUCCUGCUGCUGCUGACUUUGACGCCUCCUUUGCAGCCUGCAAAGUGAAGGUGCCGUGGUGGCUGCCUGAGGUCUUCGGGCCGUGGGAGAAAAUGCAGCAGUCGGGUGUGAAGCGCCCUCUGCGCUCGGGAAGGAGCGUCUCAGCCCGCGUCCUCUCGGUCCUGGCCUGCUUGUGUCCGCUGCGACGCGCACAAGGUUGCGGGCAUGAGCCUGUGUACUGGGCGUGCCGGCGGCCAGAGACCGCUGUCCUGCCCGUGUCGCCCGGUCCAGCGCCGCUGCGGGGCGAAGUGGUGGUGCAGCUUGAGGUUCAGAUUCCCCCAGGACCACUAAGUUCAAGGCCCCCUGGGAGUCUGAGGAGCCCUGCCGAGGAGCUGAAGGCCUUCAGAGUCCUUGGGGUGAUUGACAAGGUUUUGCUUGUAAUGGACACAAGGACAGAACAGACGUUCAUCUUAAAAGGUCUGAGGAAAAGGAGUGAAUACAGCGGGAACAGAAAGACCAUCAUCCCCCGCUGCGUGCCCAACAUGGUGUGUCUGCACAAGUACAUUAUCUCCGAGGAGUCAGUGUUCCUCGUCCUGCAGCACGCUGAAGGGUGGAUUAUGCUGGAGAUUAUCUGUGGACACUCUCCCGUCCUGGCUCUCCUCCGCGCUUCGCGGCCGCCCCGUUCUCCAGAUCCCACCCGGUUUCCCGUCGGCCGCCGUCGCUCUCCUCCCCCUUCCACGCUCCUGCUGACAUUUCAGCUGGCUUUCCUCUGCUACCAGGGCAAACCCGAGCAGUCUGCCUCCCAGCCAGACGCGUGGUUCGCAGGCUUUCCACAGCUCCGGGCGCCGCCCCAGCUGCUGACCGGAGCGGCUGUGGCCAGGGAGUUUGUCCUGGGUUAUUUAACAGGGGCAGCGGACGUCCGUCGGGUCUUUGAGGACCUCGACAGAAAGCUGGCGCUCAGCUCCCGGCUCUCCGUGCCGGAGGACUGCGUCCAGAGGUGGGCAGCUGAGCUGGUGGUGGCCCUCGACGCCUUGCACAGAGAGGGGAUCGUGUGCCGCGACUUGAACCCCGACAACAUCCUCCUGAAUGACAGAGGACACAUCCAGCUGACGUAUUUUAGCAGGUGGAGCGAGGUGGAAGAUUCCUGUGACUCCGCGGCGGUGGAGCGGAUGUACUGUGCUCCAGGUCAGCCGGCUCCUGGCCCCGGAGGCCACUGCCCCCCUGGGGGGGGGCGCGGGGGGGUGCAGGGGACGCUGGUGGAGUGCCACCCGGCCGGAAUCAACACCCACACUACUCUGAACAUGCCAGAAAGUGUCUCCGAAGAGGCGCGCUCGCUCAUCCAGCAGCUCUUGCAGUUCAACCCUAUGGAGCGUCUUGGUGCUGGAGUGGCCGGGGUGGAAGACAUCAAAUCUCACCCGUUUUUCACCCCCGUGGACUGGGCAGAGCUGACGAGGUGAACACUGGCGGGUCAUCUGCGUGCGCACGGCCGUCCCAGAGCGGCGUCCGGCCGGAGGCCGCUGCCUCGCCGUCCCCGACGGAGCU